AUGGCCGACACGACGAUCGAGUACGGCGCUGCCUUGGCGCCCAUCGCGAUGGACAACGAAGAGUUCUUUACGGGGCCGCUCACGAACUACUACGCGGCCGAGGCCCGCGACGAGUGCUCCGACUCGGAGGACGCUCUCUACUACGCAGCCCUCGCUACGGCUUUUGGCCCGGCGCCGACCCACGCCAUUUCGUCGCGCCGCGAGCUGUUCUUCUGCAGCCGUUGA